AUGCAUAGCUCAAAAAUGUCUGAAUGCUUUUCCCUACUAAGUUAUGUUUACAUACAUUGGUACUUUUUUCUACAAUCUAGAUCAAAUUUCCGUUUAAAUCGUAUUCCCAUUCUUUCCUACAUCUGGAGUUUACAAAGUUCAGAAGCCUAUGAAUUAAAACCGGGACAUGAUCCUACACCCCAUGAAGAACAGUUGUAUUCAUUAUUUUCUAAGGCCAUCGAAGAAAACCUUCCUUUGUAUUAUGGUCCUGGUGUGCAAAAUCUUAUUUACGAGUGCACCUCAGAUUGA